UUUAUAGCGCUCGAGCCACCGCAGCAGCAGCGUCCAAACCAAACCGCCGCGGAGCUCCAACUGAGCCGUUGUCCCGCAGACUGACAAACUGCAGCUUCUUAUUUGUUUUUCGACCGACGGAAACAGCGGCCAUGGAGGAGCAGGCGCGUUACUUCUUUUGGGCGCAACUUCUCGCAGCUUGCCUGGUGUUUGGAGUGAAAGGUGACCUCUGUGAAGUGAACGUUUGUAAACAUGGGGGAACCUGUGUGACCGGCACAGGGACUCCGUUCAUUUGCAUCUGCCCCGACGGCUUUUCAGGUGAAACCUGCAAUGAGACUGAGACAGGGCCUUGUAGCCCCAACCCCUGUCAGAACGACGGCGUCUGCGAGGCGACUGGCCAGAGCCGCCGCGGUGACGUCUUCACCGAGUACAUCUGCAAAUGUCAGCCCGGCUAUGAAGGAGUCCACUGCCAAACCAACGUAAACGACUGUGUCGGCCAGCCGUGUGAGAACGGCGGCACCUGCCGGGACUUGGACGGAGACUUCAAAUGCCACUGCCCCUCUCCAUAUGUGGGCAAACAUUGCCAACUGCGUGAGUGUAACCGACUCGCACCGUCAUCGUCUUACAGAAUGGCGGCAGAAGUGCUCGGGCGAGUGAUCGAUGACUUAAUGGAAGGAGUAAUCAAAGAGUCCCAGAUCACGGCCUCGUCGAUCCGCUACACCAUGCUGGGUCUGCAGCGCUGGGGCACGGAGCUGGCCCGCCUCCACAACAAGGGACUGGUCAACGCGUGGAGCGCUGCUCCUCAUGACAAGAACCCCUGGAUACAGAUCAACAUGCAGAGGACGAUGCGUUUCACGGGCAUCGUGACGCAGGGUGCCAGUUGCAUCGGCACAGCAGAAUUCAUCAAGGCCUUCAAAGUGGCUUCCAGUCUGGACGGCAGGACGUACACCAUGUACAGGACCGAAGGACAGAGAAGGGACCAGGUGAGGAUGACACCUGUGUCUCGCCUGGUGUUGGACCGCCAGAUCACGGCUUCCAGCACCUUCCGCACCUGGGGCAUGGACGCCUUCACCUGGCUGCCGCAGUACGCCCGGCUGGACAAGCAGGGCAAGACCAACGCCUGGAUUCCCGCCACUAACAGCCGGUCUGAGUGGCUGCAGGUGGACCUGUCGUCUCCCAAGAGGAUAACAGGAAUCGUCACUCAGGGAGCAAAAGACUUCGGCUCUAUCCAGUUUGUUUCAUCGUUCAAAAUAGCCCACAGUAAUGAUGGAAGGUCCUGGACUGUCCUGCAGGACGAAACCACGCGCAAAGACAAGAUCUUUACUGGCAACAGCGACAACAACGUUCACAAGAAGAACAUCUUCGAGCCGCCGUUCUACAGCCGCUACGUCCGCGUCCUGCCCUGGGAGUGGCACGAGCGCAUCACCCUUCGGAUGGAGCUGCUGGGCUGUGACGAGUAGCAAGGUCUCUGCUCUACGUUCACAUCACACCUCCCCCACCCUGCCCCAAUCCUCUGUUCUUUCCUCCUGAGCCGUACCUGCACUGCCUUGCUCUCAGCCCUAGGGGGCAGCAAACGAUAGCGUAGCACUCCACCAAAAGCAUGGCUGCUCCGAGGUGGGAGUCGUUACCCCCUAACCACUGUGAGCAGAAUCUCGAUUCAGCUAAACUUGCCUGUUCUUUUUUUUUUUUUUGGUUGUUUUUGUUUUUCCUGUUUUGAAUCAAAUCGCUUCAAGAAGCAGAGCAAGGUCCGCUCUUAUCCCCCCAUGUUUUAUGAAAUAAAAGUGUUAACUUCCUCCUCCUCCUCGUGUCGGAAGUCAGGGCGACUCAGUUAGUGCUGCUUGAACUCUGAUCCUGGAUCAGCUCUACCUGGAACAGCGAACCUCAGAGACCCACAGCUGGUGAUGUACAUAACCCAACCUUCAGUCCAACACUUACUGUCCCUUCAAAUCCGUAUGUAGAUUAUCUCUAGACAACUCUUUGAGGUGUACAUAUAUGGUAGUUUUAUCCUAAAAAAAAGUAUUUUAUCUAGAAACCUAAAAGUUUUAUGAACAUGUUUGCUGUGAUUCUGUUAAGUAAACUAAAUAGUGUUUAUAAGAGUUUUAUAUUGGUGAAAAAUCUAAAGUAAGACCAGUUUAUGUUCCUUUUUCCUCCUUUGUUUUGUGAGGUUCGACAUCCAGAGAGUAAACUCUGUAUUUAUUAAUUCCUCAGGAAGCAUAAAUUUUUUAUUUUUUUUUAAA